CAGCUGUCCUCGGUGCUGAAUCGAAGCCCCGCGUUGUAAGUGUCGGCAGCAGGUGGCGCUUGACCUGCUCGGGUUAAAUGAACGUAAGCGGCUCUGACCCCCAAAAGUCCCGCUCGCUUUAUGCCAGCCGAGCGCUCGGUGUCCCGGAAUGUCUUGCUGCCUUAUUAACUGGACCCUGGUCGUAGCCUUUCCUCUCCUAGCUGAACUCAGCUAAGCUUCUCGAUCGUUUGCCGCCACCAUGGAGAAAAUGCUGCCCGCCCGAGAGGCGGCAAAAAUCUACCACACGAACUACGUGAGGAAUUCCCGUGCCAUCGGAGUGCUCUGGGCCAUCUUCACUAUUUGUUUCGCUAUCAUUACAGUGGUGUGCUUCAUCCAGCCCUUUUGGAUCGGGGACAGCAUCAACACCCCGCAGGCGGGCUACUUUGGACUCUUUCACUAUUGCAUCGGGAACGCGCUCACCUCCGAACUGACCUGCAAGGGCAGCGCCUUGGACUUUGGCUCAAUCCCGUCCGGAGCUUUCAAGACGGCCAUGUUCUUUGUGGGCACAGCCAUGCUGCUUGUAGUGGGUUGUAUUGUCUGCUUUGUUCUGUUUUUCUUUUGCAACGCAGCCACUGUCUAUAAGAUCUGCGCCUGGAUGCAGCUGGCGUCGGCUGCAGGACUGGUGAUGGGGUGCAUGAUAUACCCGGACGGCUGGGACUCUGAUGAAGUCAGGAGGAUGUGCGGAGACAAGACUGACAAGUACACCCUGGGGGCCUGCACAGUGCGCUGGGCUUACAUCCUGGCCAUCAUUGGCAUCCUGGACGCCUUGAUCCUCUCGUUCCUGGCCUUCGUCCUGGGGAAUCGUCAAGACAGCCUGCUGCCCGAAGACUUUAAAGUGGAGAGCAAAGAGGGGGGUCACGCCUAAAUGGCCGUUGCCAUGGCGAGUGACACAGGGUGACUGAAGACGCCAGACUGAUGGCGGGAGAGCCCUGAAGUGAAGACCUGCUGCUGCUGCUGCGUUGGCCGCGUUGUCGUCGUCAUCCACCUGAAGCUGAUGACAUCUCACACAGGAUUUUGAUAAUUUUAGCCUGCAAUAUGGUGCCUGCAAAUAAAGGAGCUUGGGAGAAGGUAUGGUGGGGGGGGUAGGGGGGCAUUCAUCACAGCCACAACCUUUCUUUACCGUUACAAUUCCUUAGACUCACCCGAAGAUGUCACCGUAGCCAGCAUUGUUCUGUCGAUUAGUCCAAAAAGGGGACGAGAGAAACUGGGUGUCACCCUCCCACCUAGCAGUUGAGCUCUUCUAGUGUUGCACAAUUAGAGCACACUCUUUUUAUUUUCUAUAAAUAUAUUUACUGCAGUACCCCAUUUAUUGCGACAUAUUCCCGAUCAGCAAGAGCUCAAGCUUCUAGGCAGAUGGGCUCUACAGGCAGAAGGAUACAGCAUGGCACUUGGGGACAGAUGGACUAACAUCACCCACCUUAUCUUUAACUUCUCUUAAGGGCUGAAAAGCAAAACAGGACCACCUUUCACUCAGUGAAAGCAUCAUCAGCGGUCCGCACCAGCAGACUUGUAAGCGAAGCAAAUGCUGCAGGCGUAAAGAUCCGAGAUGACGAUGAUGCCAGGAUGUGUGCCAGGACUGUGUGCCCUGCCAGCCAAGUGGGCACUGACUUUACAAAACGAGUGUUUGCCCCGUCCGCUUGUACAGCAGUCACUGUGUUUCAAUGUUGUGUGUGAAAGUCGCACUUGGGCGCCAACGUGACCUUGGCAGUAGUCGACGCGUCUCUGUGUGCCUCCAACUUGUGAUUCUCGAUUUU